CUGCUUACAUACAUACUUUCUAAAAACAAAACCUGACAGCGUAAAGCGCGUUCUUUUUCUGUGAAAAAGAAGUUUACAUUUUUAUUCUGUUCUAUUCGUUUGAACAAAAACUAAGACAUUCAGAAUAUAAACUCAGUGUUAUGAAUAAAAAAAUAGUUUGAGAAAAAAUUGACUAAAGUGAGAUGAAUGUUGAUUCCUAAGACCCUACAUUAUAUAUGUAACAUCUUCAAAUUUAAAAUAUGGAAAAUACUGUUGUUUAUUGGCCUUUUCACUGUUCUUUUACAAUUAAAUGUAAUUACACGAGAUUUAUACCCUUCUAUUCCGCAAUUGACGGAAUUACAUAAAUGUCCAGUAUGCUAUGGAGUUUCUGCAUGUCACAACAUUCAUGAAGUAAAUCUUUUAUGGAAUGAAAUAAACGCAAUAAUCUCCAACUUAUUUGGUGUUAAAAACGUGUUCUUUGGAACAUAUAACGAUAACAAAGUAGUGCUAAAGAAAUUGGCACAUUCUUCCGAGUUGAAAGAAUUUGACAUUAUGUUGUGUAAUAAAUUCCAAUUGGAGUAUCCUUGCUCAAGUGUUACACUGGGUAGAUUACAUGCGCUAGAUUUCUAUAAUCUCGUCCAAAAGGCAAUUACAAAUGAUUUUUCUAAUGAUGACUCCAGUCGUUUGAGACUUUGUCCAACAGCGCAACAUUUGGAUGAUUUGUUUGAUAAUGUUCAUCUUAACAAUAAGCACAUCGACCGCACAGAAUAUUUAAUUAAUCUCUGGACAUUGGUUUCUGUAAACCCAGAACCACUUAUUCUUCAGAUAUUACCUGCUGAGAAUGGGUGGCCUGUGCCGAAAUAUUUUGGGUCAUGUGGCCGAAUUAUUAUAGAGGAAUAUGUUGGAUUACCACUCUCUGAUUAUUACGACAAACCUUGGAUACAAAGAGCAAAAAUAGUUUCAAGUCUUUUAAAUGCUGCUUACAUGUUCACUUUUGAAAACAAAAAAUUCGGUUUUUACUUAACGGAUGUAUCUGCUGAUAAUAUUGCUGUUGACUGUAACAAUGUAGCCAAAUUGAUCGAUUUAGAGAAUAUUAUUGUCGUUGACAAAAAUAUUUCUCAAGAAGACCGAAAAGACAAUUGGCAGAAUUUACACAAAAAUACGAUGCAUCUUAAUUGCCCUAAUUGUUUUGCAUUUUCUGCCGAAGACAUUUGUAAUCAUCACUUAAGUGAUCAUAAUUACUACGCAAUUUGUCAGCUUCUGGCCCAUGUAGAAAUUGAAGGUCCAUUUCUCGGUGGAUUUCUUCAUGAUAUUCCUGUCCAUAUUCAACGUCUACAUCCAAACAUAGAGUUCUUUUUACAACAAUGUGCUGUUCCGACUUCUACUAAAUCUAGAAUAUUUUUUGGACAACGAUUGAAAGCAUUAUUGGAUACAAUUGUAGAAGAGAUGCUUCAACAUAAACAUAGCAAAAUGAAAUAAUUAUGUUUUACAAUAUUGUUCUACUUCAAAAGCAACACGGAUAUAAGAACUCUCAAAUAUUUUUACGAGCUUUUAUAAUAAACUUAUAAAAAGGACAAUCAGCUAAAUACGUUUACAAUUUAAACUUAUAAAAAUAUACGCUGCACUUUGAUAUCUAACGAUAUCUAACAAUAUGUAUAAAACAUAGCAAAAUACUUGUAUUCGAGAUAUUAGCACUAUUUCAAUUAAUUAAUUAAAAAAAUUGCUCGCUUAUAACAAAGAUCUUACUUCGAUACUUGUACGGAAUAUUAAUGACUAAUUUUUUAUAUUAUCGCAUGGCUGAAAAAAUAUUCUAAAAAGAAUAAAAUGUU